CUAACAGUCUCCAAGUGGAUCACUACAUUCACUUUUUUCUUGCAUAAUAAAUAAAUCAAUUCGUUUUCAAAGUUCAUUAAAUAAAGGUCGUCUUUUUCUUGAAGUUGCUUCGUCAUGCAGUGUCCGUUUUUAAAUCGUUUUACCACUUCUUAUUUACGCAAUUACGCGGAGGUAUUGUGUCAACAAUAUAGCCAGUUUUGCCCAGUUGUUACUGCAGCUGUUGGGUCUGGGGCUGGGGCUGGGGCUGAGAAAAAACUUUCUCUUAUUGCCUCAUCAAGGUAUUCCUCGACUGAGAAUCAAAAUCGUCGCCUGGUGCAUGAUGUAAGACGGAAUCAUGGUAAUGCAAUCGCCCCAACCCCAAUUCAGGAUCGGGUUGUAAACCCAGAUGUGGAUGAGAAUACAUUCCACUACGAGAAGUUCUUCAAUGAGCAAAUUUUGAAGAAGAAAAAGGAUCAUUCGUAUCGAGUUUUUAAACGAGUUAAUAGAUUGGCUGGCGAUGGUCUAUUUCCCCAUGCUCUGGAGUACUCUACGCAAUCGGAAAGACCAAUCACGGUUUGGUGUUCCAAUGACUACUUGGGAAUGUCGGCGCAUCCAAGUGUAAAGCAAGCUGUGCGUGAUGCAUUGGACAUGCAUGGCUCUGGGGCGGGCGGCACCCGUAAUAUUUCUGGAAACUCAUUACAUCAUGAGCGUCUGGAGCAGAAGCUGGCUGAGCUUCAUCAGAAAGAGUCAGCUCUUUUGUUUACCUCGUGUUUUGUGGCAAACGAUUCCACGUUGUUUACAUUGGCCAAGCUACUGCCAGGAUGUGAAAUAUUCUCGGACGCCGGUAAUCAUGCUUCAAUGAUCCAAGGAAUUCGGAAUAGUGGCGUUCCAAAGCAUAUCUUCCGGCACAACGAUGGUGACCAUUUGCGGGAACUGCUCAAGCAAGUGGACAAGGCAACACCCAAGAUUGUGGCCUUUGAGACGGUUCAUUCCAUGACAGGAGCAAUUUGUCCACUCGAGGAAUUGCUUGAUGUUGCGCACGAAUACGGUGCCUACACAUUCAUCGACGAAGUCCAUGCCGUUGGACUGUAUGGAGAUCACGGUGCUGGCGUUGGUGAACGCGAUGGUGUAUUACACAAAAUGGACAUUAUAUCGGGAACCUUGGGCAAAGCAUACGGUAACAUAGGUGGCUAUGUAGCUGGCACAUCCCAACUAAUUGACAUGAUACGUUCGUAUGCUGCUGGAUUCAUUUUCACCACCUCAUUGCCACCCACUGUGCUAUGUGGAGCAUUGGAGGCUGUUAGCAUAUUGGCAUCGGAGGAAGGUCAACAGUUGCGUAGCCUACAUCAACGGAAUGUGUCCUACUUAAAGAACUUGCUAAAAAGAGAAGGUUUUCCUGUGGAAGAUACUCCUAGCCACAUUAUUCCAAUUAAAAUCGGUGAUCCCCUAAAAUGCACACAAAUCUCAAAUAUACUAAUGGAACAGUAUGGCCAUUAUCUCCAAUCGAUUAACUAUCCAACUGUCGCACGUGGCCAGGAAAAACUUCGAUUGGCUCCGACUCCAUUUCAUUCCUUCGAAAUGAUGAACGAAUUGGUUACCGAUUUGAAAAAGGUGUGGCAGACGGUGAACCUUUCCACGAAAGUUCCACUUACACCGAAUGGCUGCAUAUUCUGUCACAGUGAGAACUGUCCAGACAUGGAAUGUGCUAUUCCCAACUGCCCGCGUUUGGAAAUAACUGUGGCUGCUUAGGAAACGCUGGCACAGCAUUUUUAACUAACAUACAUUGCCUACAAUUUGUUAUGGUUAUGGACAAAUAAAUAACGGUAUCGGUGUUCUUAUAUUAUACUAUAUAUGCUUUAAUAAUUUCAUAACAAAAUAUGCGAAUAAAUUGUUUACUAUGCUUCAUAAAAUGAA